AAGGGAUCCGGACUUAUACAGAAUGGUGAAUGGUGGGCCCCGCACAGAUGUUCUAUGGCGCAGUCAAGCUAGCGCGGUUACUGUCCAAAAUGCGCAGCGGGCGUUAACAGGCUUGGCCUGCCCAACGACUCUAGCUGUUAGAAAUUCUCAAUCAAACCUCUGUUAUUCCCGCGAUGUCUCUCAGCCGUGAAAGAAAAUCCCAGUAAAUCACCACCGUCGAAUCCAUGCCGGCCACAGCAUCCUGCCUUCUUGGGAUCUUCUCCAACUCCCUCAUUUCGCAUUUCCCGCCAAAAAUCGCAACCGCAAAGGCUUCCAAAUCUCACAGAAGCUUCCUCAAGUCAUUCGUUGGAAGUGUUGGUAAGCUGACUUCUGCUGGUUUUACCCAAUCUGCCGCUUGCCAUGCUUUCGAUGAAUUCUACGAUGUAGAAACGGUAGGAAACUCAAAUAAAGGAAAACCCAAAAAGGACAUUUUUUAUUUUCUGCAUUUGAUGGAAGAACGUGGCCUUCGCGCUGAUUGUAACACCUAUUUGUGGCUCUUGGACGGUUGUUUGAAUUCUGGGUGUUUGUUAGAUGUUAGAAGAGUUCAUGCGAGAAUUUUGAAAUUGGGUUUCGGUGCAGAAUGUGUUUUGGCCGAUCGGCUUAUUGGUGUGUAUUCAGGUUUUGGCAAUUUGGAUGAUGCAGUCAGGGUGCUCGAUGAGAUGUCUCAUAGAAGUGUAGCUUCUUGGAAUGUUGUGCUUUCUGGAUACCUUGGGAGAAAAAUGAACAGGAGGGUGUUGGAUGGUUUUUUGAUAAUGGUAAAUGAGUACCUGGAGCCAGAUCCCAUUGCAUUUGCUUCUGCUCUGAGGGCAUGUAGUGGCGGUGGAGAUGCUUCUUUCCACUGCGUCAAACAGAUUCAUGCGAAGAUUUUUCGGCUUGGGUUUGCUUGCAAUUCGAUUGUUGGCAAUCCUUUGAUUGAUUCGUACUCGAAGCAUGGAAGCAUAGAUUCAGCUCGGUUGGUCUUUGAAGGAUUAAAUUCAAGGGACAGCAUUACGUGGGUUGCUAUGAUAUCUGGUUUUUCUCAAAAUGGUCGUGCAGAAGAAGCUCUUCUUCUCUUUUCUCGAAUGCAAAGAUUAGGAAUCACACCAACUCCUUAUGUGUUCUCUAGCGUCCUCAGUGCCUGCACAAAAAUUGAGUUUUUCGACUAUGGAAUGCAGCUUCAUGCUCAAGUCUUUAAGUGGGGAUUUCGGUCUGAAACUUUUGUGGGCAAUGCUCUUGUAACCUUGUAUUCGCGAUGUGGAAACAUGAGCGCUGCCGAACAGAUUUUCAGUGAGAUGCAUCGUCAUGACGGAAUAACAUAUAAUGCAUUGAUAUCAGGACAUGCUCAGCAUGGAAAUAGCAAUAGUGCUCCUCAUUUCUUCAGAAAGAUGCAACAUUCAGGCUUCAAACCUGAUUGUGUUGCAGUUGCAAGCCUCUUGAGUGCUUGUGCUUCUGCCGGAGCUCUCCACAAAGGCAGGGAGCUCCAUUCGUACGUGAUCAAAGCAGGACACUCUUCCGAUGUCAUCAUUGAAGGUUCUUUGCUUGACCUCUAUGUGAAGUGUGCAGACAUUGAAACUGCCCACGAGUUCUUCGAUACGACAUACAGAGAAAAUGUGGUUCUGUGGAAUGUGAUGCUUGUGGCUUAUGGGCAGAUGGGUAAUCUAAGAGAGUCUUUCAAACUGUUCUCUGAAAUGCAAGUCGAGGGUAUGGAACCGAACCAGUACACAUAUCCCAGUAUAUUGAGAACAUGUACUGCUUUGGGAGCCCUCCAUCUUGGAGAGCAAAUCCAUACCCAAAUCGUAAAGACAGGCUUUGAGCUUAAUGUCUACGUCUGCAGUGUGCUGAUUGACAUGUACGCAAAAUGUGGAAGACUGAAGACUGCGAGGGAAAUUCUCGACAGGCUCAUGGAGAAAGACGUUGUGUCAUGGACGGCCCUGAUCGCUGGCUAUGCACAACAUGAAUAUUGCAUUGAAGCUCUUAGACUUUUUGAAGAGAUGCAAACUAGAGGGAUCCGGUCGGACAACAUUGGAUUAGCCAGUGCUCUUAGCGCAUGUGCCGGAAUUCAAGCCCUCAAUCAGGGACUACAAAUCCACGCUCAAUCAUUUGUUUCAGGUUAUUCAAUGGAUCUUUCCAUUGGAAAUUCACUUGUAAAUCUGUAUGCUAGAUGUGGUAGAAUCAAAGACGCGUAUUCGGCGUUUGACACAAUUGAAGCCAAAGACGAGAUAUCGUGGAAUGGAUUGAUAUCGGGAUUUGCACAGAGUGGGCACUGCGAGGAAGCUUUGCAGGUGUUUGCGCGGAUGAAUCAGUCAGGCGUGGGAGCUAAUCUAUUCACCUAUGGCUCUGCCAUUAGUGCUUCUGCCAAUAUAGCAGAUGUCAAACAAGGGAAGCAGAUUCAUGCACAGUUGAUAAAAACCGGUUAUGACUCAGAGAUCGAAGGUGGUAAUGUUUUGAUUACGUUGUAUUCCAAGUGCGGAAUUAUUGAAGACGCAAAGAGAGAGUUCUCGGUGAUGUCUGAGAGAAAUGAGGUGUCGUGGAAUGCCAUGAUAACCGGAUAUUCUCAACAUGGGUUCGGUAGCGAAGCUCUGAAACUCUUUGAGCAGAUGAAACAGCACGGCUUGAAGCCAAACCAUGUUACCUUUGUAGGUGUCCUAUCUGCAUGUAGCCAUGUGGGGUUGGUGGCGGAAGGUCUCCUCUACUUCAAGUGCAUGAGUGAAGAGCACAGUAUUCUUCCAAGGCCUGAACACUAUGCUUGCGUUGUCGAUAUUCUUGGACGAGCUGGGCUGUUGGAUCAGGCAAGAAAAUUCAUAGAGGAGAUGCCGAUAGAUCCGGAUGCUAUGGUUUGGCGAACCCUUCUAAGUGCUUGUCGAGUUCACCGAAAAAUGGAAAUUGGGGAGCUUGCAGCUCGUCAUCUUCUUGAACUGGAGCCGCAUGAUUCAGCAACCUACGUUCUCCUAUCAAACAUAUAUGCGGUGGCCCGGAAAUGGGAUCGCAGGGAUCAUAUGAGGCAGAUGAUGAAAGAUAGAGGAGUUAAGAAGGAGCCAGGGCGUAGCUGGAUUGAGGUUAAGAACUCGUUCCAUGCAUUCUUUGUUGGUGAUCGGCUGCACCCUCUGUCAGAUAAGAUCUAUGAGUCCUUUGAGGAUUUGAACAAAAAGGUAGCUGAAAUCGGGUACGUGCAGGACAGAUAUAGCCUUUUGCACGAUAUUGAGCAAGAGCAGAAGGAUCCAACGGUGUAUAUUCACAGUGAGAAGCUGGCUGUUGCUUUCGGGCUCAUUAGCUUGGCUCCUGAGAUACCGAUCCGUGUUAUUAAGAAUCUGCGCGUCUGUAAUGACUGCCAUAAUUGGAUGAAGCUCGUUUCGACAACUGCUAGCCGGACGAUUAUAGUAAGAGAUGCCUACCGCUUCCAUCAUUUUGAAGGCGGUGUUUGUUCUUGUCGGGAUUACUGGUGAAGUUGAAUUGUGUGAGUGUGAUUUAGCUGGUCUUAGACUGUUCUUGGAAAUCCACUCAAACUGGCAUUCCACCUGAUACUUUCAGUGUCCAUGUGGUUUCAAAGAGUGCGCUGUUUGGAAAAUAUAGAAGGUCAUCUUGCUCCAUCAAACUGCCUGAAAUGGUCAUUCUACCCAAUGGGACUGGUAACAUCUAACACAACCUGUUGUAGGGUGGUCUACGGGACCGUGUUUGUAUCAUAUUCUUUGAUUAUUUGAUGGGAAAUGAUUUGGAUGGCAGAAUAGGAUUCAUGUAGCCAACCCCAAUUAGUGGGGAUAAGGCUUUGAUGAUGAUGAUGAUUUGAUGGCAAGUUAAGUGUAUGCAAACAUUAUAAAUUUAUGAGUUAGGGACCUGUCAAUGUUUAUAUUUGGACGCUGUGUAUGACUGUUCCAUGGUAGACGAGAUUCUUUUACAGCUGUUUGUGUCCAAUCUUUUUUUGCGAAACUGAAUAAUUGUUUCAAAUUAAUGCAAGUGUGGUUAAAGGUUUGCCGACUCCUGAACCAAUCAUUGUAACUGAUUACAA